CCCAUCUUUUCUCCUCUCUUUGAUUUUCUCUCCAUCCAAACACCUUCCAUUUCUCAUCCUUUUCUCUCUUUCUUUCUGUGAAAUGGGAAAUGCUAUAUCGCCAUGUUUCCAUUCAGCAAGGUGUUCAUCAGUGAGGCUAAUCUUCUGGGAAGGAACCACAAGAAUUCUUACAGGGAAACACAUAGCAGGAGAGAUCAUGUUCGAGAAUCCAGAUAAGAUUGUUUGCCAUGCAGAUUCUUUCUUCAUUGGUCACCCUUUACCAGCCCUAGCCAUUGAUGAUGAGCUCAUACCAGGCCAAACCUACUUCGUCCUUCCUAUAGAUCGCAUCUCUUGCAACCAUGUCUUAUCAGCUGCUUCUCUUUCUGCCUUAACCUGCAGCUCCUCCAGCCCUAGACCUGCACCAAUCAAUUUUGGUGCGUGUGAUUCUUUCCAAUAUGUAAAAGCUGCAAACGGUAGGACUCUGAUAAAGGUGGUGCCUGAAUUCAUAAUAAGGCUUCUAAAUAAAAGUAAAGCAGGAGAAGAAAAUUGUAAUAACUUUCUUUGUAGCACCCCAGAGUUGAAGAAGCACUAUGAACAGCUUGUUGGGUCUAGAGAACAAUCAUGGUCACCUAAACUUGAGACCAUUUCUGAGUACAAAAUUAGGUAUUCUCCUUGCAGAUUUUUAGGGUUGGAGCGGAAACAAAAAUAAGAGAAUGAUGCAUAAUUUUGUAUUUUUUUUUUCCUUCUCAAUUAAUUAAUUCUAAAAAAUUAAUUAAUUAUUAAAUGAAAGAAUAUAAUAGAUCAUAUAUAUGUAGUUAUAAUAUGGUGAUUUCUUUAGAAUUUUAUUUUUGGUCCCUAUAAUUUAUGGAUCAAUUUGUAAAAAGUUAUUUUUUUUUUCCCUCUUGUUCCAAUUUGUACACAUUUAGAUCUUAUUAAUGUUGUUGAAAAUUAAAUUGCCCAUUUUGUUAGAUAUAUAAAUAUAGAUAAAUGUUUUAGAGCAA